GACUCGCCCUCGGAGGGAAGCCGUCCGCACGGCCUGGCUGCACAUCCCUGGACCUUCUUCGCGGGCGCCUCGCGGAGCCGUAGAUUGCCUCGGAUGCUGGCCUGCGACUGACAGUCCCAUCACCUCUUCUCAGCUCUCCUGAGGCCGCAGCUGUCAGCUCCCCGGCCCUCAGCACUUGCCUGGAACACCGGGGUUGGCCACACCCCUCUUCAGCCCAUCUCUGUCCUGUUGUAUCUUAUGUGUUGUUUCUGCCCACCCGCCCUUUGCGCCGUCUCUUCCUCCUUUCUCCCCUUCCUUCUUGUAGUUGGCGCGGCAGCUCCCUCUGCUCCCAGCAUGCCUCGUGGCCAGCACCGUCGGCAGGGUCCUCGCAAUCCCAUCCAGGCAGCAGCCAAUUACGUCAGUGUGCACCCUUGGCAGCAGGUGGACCAGGCCUCUCCUGGGGUCACUUACACCCCCCUAGUGGAUCCCUGGAUUGAGCGGCCCUGUUGUGGGGACCCCGUGUGUGUGCGCAUGACUAUGGAGCGGGAGAGCACAGUGAGUGGUGCUCUUGGCGGUAAGCCCACAGAAAGGGGUUCAGCUGUGCGCAUGCCUGGCCCAUGGCCCCUCAGGGUGGACUUCCACUGGGUGCCAGGCUCGGACCCGGGCACCUUAGAUGGCUCCCCAUGGUUGCUGGACCACUUUUUGGCCCAGCUGGGGGAUUAUAUGUCCUUCCGCUUCGAGCACUACCAGGACAACCUCAGCCCUGUCUGCGAGAUCCUUGGGCGCCUGACGGGCCGAGCCCGGGCAUGGGCAGCCCCCUACCUCGACGGGGACCUGCCCCUGCCUGACGAUUAUGAGCUCUUUUGCCAGGAUCUCGAGGAAGUUUUUCAAGACCCGAACAACUUCGCUGAGUACCAUGCUGCAGUUCCCUGCCCCCUGCCCCUAGCCUCAAGCCAGUCACCAGUGGCCCUGCAGCUGCCUGUGGUGAGGAAGUGCUUAGCCAGGUUCUCAGAGUCCCUGGCACUCAACAUGGGCACUCCCCCCAGACCUGUCCCAGCCACUCUGGCCACCCCGGCUAUUUCUAAUUCCAACUCUCCAUCCAGGAUUGCUUUACCUGAGCAACGGCUGGCCAAGGAGAGAAGCCCUGGGUCCACAGAGUCCCCUGCCUUGUCCGGUUCUGUGUGCAGCAUGGAUCCUGGUCCUGUGGGGCCAGCCUCCUCCCAGCCGGAGGAGAUGGCCCCCAAACCUGUCCCUGUACUUUUAGAAUCUGCUAGUCCCCCUGCCCAGAAAUCAGAUCCAGCUCACCCAGGGGAUCCGAAGACAGAGGAGGAGGUUUCUGAGGCAGAGGGAGACCAGGAGGCAACUUUUGGUACCCUACGGGGAGCAGUGGAGACCCUAGGAGAACCCAUUUUCUCCUGCUCUCCAUCCUGCAGCCCUGGAUUCUGAACACGGCCCAGGCAGGUGCAGCAGAGCCCCUUGUGAUGAAAUGGCUUGUGUAGCCAAGGAGCCCCACAGCCCCCCUGGCAGGACAGAGUGGCGUUACCGGAUGACUCUAGACAUAGCACAUGAGGUGUUGCCAUGUCCAACCGCCCCGUUGCUGGGCACAAGGUGCACUUGUUGGGCUGUGCCCUAUCCAAGUACGCACAGCCCCUCGUCCUCUCUCCCCAUGCACUGUCCCCACCACGACAGCAGAACUUCGGCUUCUGCUCUGUGCCCUUCAUCCUCUGACUCCCCCAGUGGCCCAAAGGUUGUUUCCUGCUGGGCUCUCAGCUGCAUGCCCACACCUCCCUGGGGAGUACCGUCUCACUGGGCCUGUUCCUACUAGUUGGAUAGGGUUCUGUAGAUAGUCCCCAUCAGGUAUUUGUACCAUCUUUGUAAAACACCACCCACACUCAAAAACGCCCCUUCAGUGCUGGCUGGGACUGGACUAGGUCUGCCAUGCCAGCCCUGUUUGGAUCUGGUCCCUAGAUGGUGUCUCUGCUUUGGCCCCCGUCCCAUCUCUGUUUUCUGUGACCUCUGUCCUGGAAUUUAAGGAAGGCUGCAUGGAGGACGUGGCCACCUGCAGUGUUUGGUAUGAGUAGGAUGGUGUCUUGGCAGAGAAAGGUGCUUCCCUGUGGGUCCCCCAGCAGCCCUGGCUGGCUGGGGAGGCUUAGGUGCAGGAAGGUGGGGUGCAGUCCUCUUGCUGGUCUCAGCUCCGUUCCAGGCAUUUUCUGCUCUGUAUGGUAACAUCUAGCCACACCUGGUUUUCUUCAGAAGUUGGCAUGAAUUUUUACAUCUCAGUGCCUUUGCCCUGCUGCCCUCCUACUUGCUGCUCUUUAGCAGUCCCUGCCUCCCCUCUCACUCUUGCAUAUUGCUGAUUCAGCAUUUAAACCCAAUACUGUAAAGCCUGUAAUACUCAUAUCUCUGGGUAGACUGUGAGCCUCUAGGGCAGGGUGCUCUCUCGUAGCUCUGUGUCCGUGGUGCACAAUCAGUGCUCAUUAAAUGUGUGUUGGAUCCACACCUGAGCCUGUGCUGUGGUGGCUGCAGACAAGCAGCAUCCUGGUUCUGUGGGCAGGAUCAGUGUGCUGGUGCUGUCAGGAAGAGCUAGGCCCAGCCACAAGUACUCAGGUCAGCGUCAGAGGUGUGGUUUCUGGUAAGGGCUUUGAGGCUCUAAGGGUCUGGCUGACGGAGUUGGGCUGAAUGGAUGAGAGUGGGAGGCUUGGCAGGUGGAGGGUGGCCUUGAGAGUUUACUUCCGAGAGAGCCGAGGUGAGGUGACAUGAGGAGCAGGCAGCAGACCAGAGCUGUGAGGCCUCGGGCUAGAGGAUUGGAAUGAAGAAAGACCUGUUCUGCACAAUGAUGGGUUUUCUAAUAAUGAGAGCUGAGCUCAAAGCUCCCUCAAGCCAAGUGUGACGCAGGAUGGGCACAGUGCACCUACUCAGAGGGGCCAUUAGGCAAGAACUUCAAGCCCCUUUCGGUUUUAUAAGUGUGGGAACAAAACAACAUCUUCCUAGAAAGUAGGAAGAAAAAGUGAGAAAUGUAAUAAGUUCCUAAAACUAUUUUUUUUUUUAAGGAAAAACUAAUAAGCAAACAUGGGUAAAAAAUUUUAAGGAAAAUAGACAUUGUUAGGAUAAUUUAAUUUAGUAACUAUCACUUUAGAAGUCUCUGGGUUCAGAUGGUUUUGUGGGUGAGUUAUUUCAAGGUACACAUUUUACCUUACCAGUAGAACAGUUGCAAAUCUUGGAAAUAGGUGGGAAGCUAAUAUGACCCCAAAAGCAAAACAAGCAAGCCGACAAAUGAAAUCAGUGUGCAGUCUUGAUUCUGAUCAGAUGUGGGCUAUCCUCGGAUGUCCUAGCCCAGCCCCAGUGCUUCUGUGCGGGGUCGCACUAUUGCUCCUUUGUGCUAUUGCUCAAGUCUGGGCCCUCCUGCAGGCUCAGGUUGGACUGCCCCUUCCCUAGUCGGCUGUGGCCUGGCCUGGUGGGUCUGGUAUCGUUGGCAAUAUCAGAAGGGCCCUCAUUUGAGCUGACGAGACAGCUCUGGCUGUAGAACCUAGAGCUGCUCUCUGAGAUGGGUGGCCCAGUCGACACCCUCACUGUGUUGCUGGCCUCGGCACAGGCUGCCUUUCCCCUCUCCAUUUAGUGGACCUGGAGUAAUUCCUGCAGCUCAAGGUUCCUGUCUUCCCUUCCAACCCCUUGUCCUACUGGGUCCUUUUCUCCCUCGGGCCCAGACAGCUCCUGCAGGCUUGGAGUGUAGUGUGGCAUACCUCUUCCGAGGGCCAGCUGAGCAGGGCAGGCCUGUGGGGAUUUGGGGAGAGACCAGAUGACCUGUUUUUUAAUUUGGAAAAUGGGUCCUAUUGUGGUUGGGCUCUUAUCAUGAAGGAAGGGGAAGGAGGGCUGGGCCUCAGUGGCAAUGGCAAAGUUGCCCUUUCAUGCCUAUUUGCAUGGAUGGGAUCAGGAGAGGAUGGGAGGGCUCUGGCUUGGCCUUCCAGACAGGCAGAGCCUACGGUGUUGUGCAGAGUGACAGCUUCAUCUCCUGCUGGCGCUGUACCCUGCCUUCAGGUCUAUGCGACGACCUAGCUGCUUUCCCAGGCUGGAGGAGAAGGAACAGAGGGCCAGGAGAAGGGGCCCUGCCACGUGCUGUCAGAGGAGGGCCCUUGGGUCAUUUGUUACUCCCGGCUCUCCGCACACAGGUGGACGGCACAGAGGAGGGUGCUCCUGGGAGCGGUCUGGCAGGGUGGUCUGGCAGGGUGUGCCAGAUGUGCACAGGGACAAGCUGAGGUGCUGGGGCCUAACUUCUAGGCCGUCGAGUCUGUCCUUCACUUCCCUUGGAAAUACCCGGAGACUUUAUUUCCUAAAGAUCAGAUGCUGUGGGCACUAUAGCAGAGUUUUUAAAGUACCUGUCUCCAAGGAAAGUUCUGACACUGGAAGUAUUGAGGUUAAUGUCAACAUUUUAUAAAGCUGGCAGUAAUGAGCGUACUUGGAAAUUGGUGUGGACGGAUGAACAGAGGAGAGUAGAGAAUUUUGAUAUAGAGCCAAAUAAAUAUAGGGAUUUAGUUUAUGCUAAAGGUGGUGUUUCAAAUUAGUAGAGUAAGAUGGAUUAUUCAGUAAAAGGAGUUGGGACAGCUGGUUAGCCAUCUGAAAAAUAGUAAAACUGAAUACCUACCUCACUCUUUAUACCAGUCUGUACUCUAGAUGGAUUAAAGGGUUCAACAUUAAAAAAUAACAAAAGCAUUACAAGGAAGUGUGGGUGGAUUUUUUUUUCUGCCUGUGAUUCCAGGACUUGAAAAGUUUUAGCUGCCCAGAUUGGCUGAAGGCGUGGAGAAAUAAGCUUUCUCCUGCUACUGGUUGAGCAUCAGGUGUUACGAGUCACCCACGGCGUUUGUAGGCAGCAGGCGCUGACCCCUUGCCUAAGUUCAGAUGGUUGCUGCUCGUUCCAAGGUGUGGGCUUCAGAGCAUGGACUUGAGCUUGGUCACACCUCGCCUCCUCCGCUUGAAAGCUGUGCAUCCUGGUGUCAUCUGACUUCUCUGAGCUGUUAGAAGUUUGUCCUCAUGGCCAUGGGAGAGUUAAAUGAGGUCACAGGCAUGGAGUGGCCUGAGCCCUAAUGACUGCCUCGUGGGUGGCGCUGCAUUAUUAACAGAAAAACUGGCAACAGCCCAAAGGUCCAGGGGUAAGGAGCAAGGUCAGCAGAGCUGUUACCCCACUGUAUCAGUCAGGAUGAGCCCGACUGUGGUGCAGUAAC